CCCUCCGCUCCCCGAGCUGCACCAAACAGCUCUCAGGUUUCUGCUGAUACUGCAGCGUCAAGAAAUGGCUCGAGUUUGCUCCUUGCUCUUAUGCAUUCAGCAGCCCUCUCGCUCCUGCCACACUCGUCCAGCUUCUGCCUCCUGCUGCUGCUGCUGCUGCCGGGACGAGCCAAGACUGACUCCGGGGAUGCGGCUGCAGGACUGCGGCUCUCUCACAUCUCUCCAGCGGCCGCUGCCCAGCGCCCGGCUCCUCUUCCAGCUAUCUUAGGGGAAGAGAGCAGGAGAGCCAGCAGCUAUCUAGGACUCCUUGAUUUUAUUUACUAACUCAAGCCUUUUGACAAAGUGUCUCGCAGGCAGCCCUGUAAAGCGAUCGCUGUAUUAUUAAGAGGGGCACAAGAAGAGGACGAGGGUUGAGUUUGCCGCUGCGGUUUUUGUUUUGGUUUGGUUUUUUUGGAUGCUGCUGCAAGGCGACUUGACGCAUUCCGGCACUGGCUCCUACCCCUAACCAGCGCAUCGCACUCGGAACAGCAGCUGCAGAGAUGGUCCAGUCAGCGGGAAAAUUGGACGGAUCGAGUUAAAGGCAAAAGGAGACGGCUGGGGAGGGGACCUCAGUCUGGGGGUGCACUCCAUAGACCUUCAGCCUCCCGGCUUGGGAUACAGGACCCCUCACCUUACCUGCCCUCUUCCCCCCCUAAAGGUACUUCUUCCCUCUUUCUUCACCCUCCCAUCAUCCCUGAUGCCUCUCCCUUUGUCCCACCUCUCCUUUCCCCUUUUGGCUUUUUCCAUCCUUUAGGCUUCUCAUCCAUCCCUUCUUCAAGCUCUCCAUCCAGACUCAUCAUCCCUCGCUGCAGACUCUGAGCCUCCCCCCCCCAACCCUUCCCUGAACUGUCCUGGGAGGCUCUGUACUCUCCUCAAUCCUCCUCCCCACUCUAGUCCCUCUUCCCUCCCUUCUCCUCCCGUGCCCCUGGGUCCCCUUUCCCGUGUGCCACCAUGACCGUGAUGGCUGGAGAGAACAUGGAUGAGACUUCUGCGCUGCCUGGCCACCCCCAGGAUAGCUACCAGCCCGCUGCCCAUGAUGACCAUGAGUGUUGUGAGCGCGUAGUGAUAAACAUUGCUGGACUACGCUUUGAGACACAGCUGAAGACCUUAGCCCAGUUCCCCAACACUCUGCUGGGCAACCCCAAGAAGCGCAUGCGAUACUUUGACCCCUUGCGCAAUGAGUACUUCUUUGACCGGAAUCGGCCCAGUUUUGAUGCCAUCCUCUACUACUAUCAGUCUGGGGGGCGGCUCCGCCGGCCGGUCAAUGUGCCCUUGGACAUGUUCUCUGAGGAGAUCAAAUUUUAUGAAUUGGGUGAGGAGGCCAUGGAGAAAUUCAGGGAAGAUGAAGGAUUCAUCAAAGACGAGGAGAGACCCUUGCCGGAGGGGGAGUACCAGCGUCAAGUAUGGCUCCUCUUUGAAUACCCAGAGAGUUCUGGGCCGGCAAGGGUCAUUGCAAUAGUCUCUGUCAUGGUGAUCCUCAUCUCCAUUGUGAUCUUCUGCUUAGAGACGUUACCUGAGCUAAAAGAAGACAAGGAAUACACAGUGCAUCGCACUGACAACACCACCCAGGUCUACAAAUCCAACAUCUUCACAGAUCCCUUCUUUGUUGUGGAGACCCUGUGCAUCAUCUGGUUCUCAUUUGAGCUGGUGGUGCGCUUCUUUGCUUGCCCCAGCAAAACUGAAUUCUUCAAGAAUAUCAUGAACUUCAUUGACAUUGUGGCCAUCAUCCCUUACUUCAUCACCCUGGGCACCGAGAUGGCCGAGCAGGAGGGGACUCAGAAAGGAGAGCAGGCUACCUCCUUGGCCAUCCUGAGAGUCAUCAGACUGGUAAGAGUCUUUCGAAUCCUCAAACUCUCCCGGCACUCUAAGGGUCUCCAGAUUUUGGGACAAACCCUCAAAGCAAGUAUGAGAGAGCUAGGUUUGCUGAUCUUCUUCCUCUUCAUUGGGGUGAUUUUGUUCUCUAGUGCGGUAUAUUUUGCUGAGGCUGAAGAACCUGAGUCUCAUUUCUCCAGCAUCCCCGAUGCUUUCUGGUGGGCGGUGGUAUCCAUGACCACUGUGGGCUAUGGUGACAUGUACCCUGUGACAAUUGGAGGCAAAAUCGUAGGCUCCUUGUGUGCCAUCGCUGGUGUGCUGACAAUUGCCCUGCCCGUACCUGUCAUCGUGUCCAACUUCAACUACUUCUACCACCGAGAAACAGAAGGGGAAGAACAGGCUCAGUUACUUCACGUUAGCUCCCCUAAUUUAGCAUCUGACAGUGAUCUCAGUCGCCGCAGCUCUUCCACAAUCAGCAAAUCUGAGUACAUGGAAAUCGAAGAGGAUAUGAAUAAUAGCAUAGACAAUUUUAGAGAGGCUAAUCUCAGAACUGGCAACUGCACUGUAGCCAACCAAAACUGCGUUAAUAAAAGCAAGCUGCUGACUGAUGUGUAAACAAAAUAAACCCAACCAAAUCCCCAUUCACAGCUUGAAGACUUUAGUGACACAGUCACACUUUGUAGAUGCUUUACUGAUAGUCUUUGAAUGCUUUAUUUACCUCGUAAAUGCAUUGUUGCAUUGCGAAUAUUUGCUCAGCGAUAAAGAAGCUUCCAGGAUCCAUGAAAGAUAAGAUUUUGUUUAUUUCUAAAAAACAUUUUCCACCUGGUAAAUGGUAACCAUUUGAACUAGUUUAGUUUUAAGCUGUGUGAUGCUAGACCUAAACUUUUCCUCUCCCACCUCCUUUUAUUUUUUUGUUUGAUACAGUUAACUUAAACUAAGCAAGACAGUUUUUAGAGCUAUAAAGCAUAUGCAUGGAUUCCAGUGAAAAUAUUCUGCAAAACUGCACAGUUGCAAGAAAGUGCAUCAGAUAACGAAAAAAGAUUAGCAAAAAACUGCAGCAAGCAUUUGCCAUGGUUUUUAUGAAGGAGUGCAAAACUUCCUUCUGCCCCCUGUGUGAAAGAUUACAUACUUCCAGCCUACCUUAUUACAGACAUACUUAAGCCUGGUCUCUUUUGCUCUCCAUACAAGAACUAUUCUAAAAGGAAAAUAACAAACAAAGCUGAAGACAAAACAUCUGCAAUGCUGCUAAGUUCUCUUACAUGCAGAUGAUUUAAACAUACUUUUCCUUUUCCCUGUCCAGAACUGGAUACAAAACUUUAAGCCCCUCUGUUGCAAGAUAGCACAAUGGAGUUUAAUAGAAGCAUGUUUGAAUUUGAUACUAUUUAUUUUAUAAUAGCAUGUUUGAAACGUUACCUCAGACAAUAGCGGAUAAGCUUUCGUUUGAACUGAAUCUCCUAAAAAUAGGUCCUUUAUCUCUCUUUUUUCUCUCAUUUUUUUCCUUGUUUUCUUUUUCUUUUUGUUUUGCAUUCACCAGAAGUGCACUCCUUAGUUUAUUAAAUCAUUGACUAGUAAUUUAAAGUACUGUAUUUAAGUGCAUAUGUUAGUCAAACGGGAACAAUAACUUUUGGAGAUCAAAGCAUGUUCAAAUAUUCAGCAUUAUGGCCUAUUUGAUUAAGGUGUAACUUGAAUUAAUUAAUGCAUGAAUUCAAUAAUAAUAACAAUAACUAAUAAUAACAAUAAAAAAACAACAAAAAAAAGUGAUUGGUAGACUGAAGGCCUAAAUGAACUGAUUAGAGAAACUUGAUUGUUUUCCUGUAUUGCUCAGGGAAACGUGUUGGCUUUUGUCCAGGCGUUGUCGGAAAGGAAGAUAUCCCAACCCUUAAAGGGAAAGCUGUAUGUAAAAUUAAGAAGUCAAGUUAUCUAUAGCAACACCUACAACCUAGUAUCCUUUAUAGCUGAAAGGUGCAGAUGCAUGCUUUUUGGUGCAUUCUCAGAAUGUAAAUGAAACUUAUUUAUUAUAUGCAUCCAAAUUGCAGCAGCUGGUUUCUUUUGCAGUCAUUAGUUGAGACAUUUUUGUAUUCCCUUAAAGCUCACCGAAGAGACUCAACAUAUUGAUAUAAGUAGUUGCGCAGUGCCUUUAUCUUACAUCCCCUAAAUUGCUGAAAGUGCCUCCAGGAACUGAGCUGGUCAGAGAUAGCAAAGGAAAGGGUUAAAAGGCACCAGCACAAGUACAGGAGUGUUCUCUGCUGCCUCCUGGCACUGCACAGAACAGGAUAGAGAAAGAAAAAGCAAGUGUGAGUGAGAGGGAUGCAGAAGAAGGGGGCAGAGAUCAUCAGCACCCAUAGUAUACCUUCCUUCCCCAGCCAGCCUGAUACUGCAGGGCUCAGCAUUUGCUUCUGCCAAAUAACUCAUAGUUGUGUUUAUGCAAGACUUCGAGUUCCCCAAGGUUGUUUAUAGAGACAUUGCUGCCAUCAUUGUAUCUGCCCUUCCUUUCCCUGAGAUGGCUUUUUGGCAGCCUGUCCCAGCUGGGGACAGGCUGCAGGCUGCAGGAAGAAGUAGGGGUCAGCAUGAACUGCGGCAUCACCCAGUCAGGCAACCAGACUGCAGGGCUGUGCUUUUCUUUCCCUUGGAUUUCCCAGCAGGUAGGUAGGAGAGGCUUUCCAGUGCCCCCCCAUACCUGCCUCCUCUAUCCCCUUUCGUCAGUCCAUCAGAUCUUAAAUCCCAUCACAGCUCCUUUAAACCAUAUUCUUCUUUCUGGUUCCUAAACUUAUUUUACUUCCACCAUCAUCUGGUGAAGGAAUCCACACUAGGAGAAGGUAUCUUCUGCAAUAUGCCAUCCUUGACUGCUAGGCUCUGGAAGAUGCUAAACUUUGAUCUGAACUAAUGUAGGCACUAAUCUUUAUUUUUUAAAUGGAAAAAGUUGAGGAUCUUCAUUCUGCACUUAACACGUGGCCAACUACUGUUGAACGCUUCUCCUUCCACAUUGUACAGAUUCUUUCUUCCCUAUCUUUCUGAUAUGUGUAUAUAUGUGUAUAAAUAAAUAUAUAUGUCUGGUUAUGCAUGUGUGUCACGCACAUGUGCAGACACACACAUAUAUAAAAUCAAGGCACUUAAGAGUUAAAAAACAACCCUAACUCUGCAGUAACGCACAAGCUUGACCUGCCAGGUUUCUAGAAAGACUUGACUUUAUUUCUCAGUGUAGCUUCUGUGAAUCUUAACGAUGAGCAACCAGUCAAGAACUGAGGGGGCUUUUGACUCCUGCGAAAUGCAAAGCAUCAAAUAAAACAGGGCAUUACAUUCUCUAGGUAGAUGUUAUAAAGCUUCCUUCCUGUCCCCUGCUCACACCCCUGCCCAUUGUACACAUCUCCCCAUUAAAUUCUGGUGGCCCUGAUGCUCUCAAACGUGAAUUCUAGGAUAUGAUUUCUCAUGUCAAAACAGACUUGAAUGCUGCACUCAGUUUAUAAAACAACCAACUGACUAAACUAAACAGCAAUAAUCUAUUCAGUGCUGUGGGACUGAUGAUCAGAAAUUAGCAUCUGGGAGACAAGGCCUCAGUUUGGUAACAACUUCUGCCACAGUUGGGCAUGGACAUCUUAGCUUAAUGAACAGAAUGAUAAUCAUUCUACAUCUGUAAAGUGCUGCAUGCAGUGAUUCUUCUUUGUCAGGAGACCAGGAUGGAUCAUUAGGACGUGGGGUGGUCUGGGGAGCCUGAACGUUGCUUUGUCCAUUUAUAGCUCACUGCAAAGGAUCUCAAUACAUACGGAGUUCAGGAAUUAAUCUCAUGUAGCAUAAGCAUGUCUUUUCGAUAUGUUUGACACAAGAAGAUAGCAACAAAAGCUCUUACUCCCUUUAUGCAGGAGUGCCGAAGUGUCUUUGUGGUCCUGAAGGUGCACUUAACUACCUGUUCUUACCAGUUAGCAUCCUUUUCUUUUUUCUUCUUUCUUUCUUUUUUCUUC